AUGGCGUUAGUCAACACCGAUCUGGGCAAGGCCCUACCUCUAAUUGCAUCUGGAAAGGUGCGAGAACUAUACGAUGUCGACGCGAAAACCCUCCUGUUUGUUGCUACAGACAGGAUAUCAGCCUACGAUGUGGUCAUGAAGAAUGGCGUUCCGGACAAAGGGCUGAUACUCACACUCAUCACGGCGCACUGGUUCGAAUACCUGCGGAAAUGCCAUCCAGAUCUGAGAACUCACUUCAUUUCCCUCGAGCUACCUCCGACAGUCCCUCAGCAACUGGUUCCGCAACUGAAAGGCCGAAGCAUGCUUGUGCGCAAAUACAAAGUGUUCCCCGUCGAGGCCAUCGUUAGAGGCUACAUCACAGGCUCAGCAUGGUCCUCGUACAAGAAGACCGGCGAGGUGAAUGGGAAGAAGCUGCCCGAGGGUCUACAAGAGUCUCAAGAGCUGCCUGAGCCCAUCUACACCCCUAGCACUAAGGCCGAGCUGGGACAACACGAUGAAAACAUCUCCACCGAGCAGGCUGAGCAGAUUGUGGGCGCAAAGUAUGCGAAGCGCAUUGAGGAUCUGGCGCUGAAGAUCUACAAGACUGCCAGGGACUACGCGAAGGAGAAAGGCAUCAUCAUUGCGGACACAAAGUUCGAAUUCGGGCUGGACGAGGAAACAGACGAGGUCGUGCUCAUAGACGAGGUACUUACGCCAGACAGCUCUCGCUUCUGGUCCAAGGCAACAUACACGAUUGGGCAGGGCCAGGACAGCUUCGACAAGCAGUUUCUGCGAGAUUGGUUGACCAAGAAUGGCUUGAAGGGCCAGGACGAUGUUACGAUGCCGCCAGACGUGGUUGAGGCCACACGCGCAAAGUACAUGGAGGCGUUCAAGAUUCUCACCGGCAAGACGCUAGACCAGACGCUACAGGAAUUGAAGUGA